UUAAAGACUGACAUAUUUGUAGCAGGAUGAAGACAAGCUCUGUAGGAAUACACCAUUUUAUCAAAGGGCCCAUGAACAGAAUUUUGUGAGAAAUUGAAGCAAGAAACUAACCUGGCUCAGAUCCAUUCAGGUGUUAGAAAACAGCCCCAUGCCUGGAGGUUACGGAGUGAUGGGUGACGAUGGCUCUAUGGAUUACAGUGUUCAUGAGGCCUGGAAUGAAGCCACCAAUGUUUACUUGGUAGUGAUCCUUGUUAGCUUUGUUCUCUUCAUGUAUGCCAAGAGGAACAAAAGGAAAAUUAUGAGGAUCUUCAGUGUGCCGCCUACAGCAGAAACUUUAUCAGAGCCCAGCUUUUAUGACACAAUAAGCAAAAUUCGUUUAAGACAGCAACUGGAAAUGUAUUCCAUUUCAAGGAAGUAUGACUAUCAGCAGCCACAAAACCAAACUGACAGUGUGCAACUCUCAUUGGAAUGAAAUGACAGAAAAUGAACAACAUAAGUAAUUGUUCAACCGUCUGGUAGCAAGCUCCUAAAAAGACUAAAUUAUGAACAGCAUUUUUUUUUAAAUCCUGUCUCCAUAAAAUCAUUCUACUUGUGACUUUUCCCCAGUUUUUUGUGUUUUGUUUUGCUUUUUUAAAUUACAUCACCAUUUGUUAUACAAAUUUUUUAUAAAGUCUCAAAAGCCAUGGACACAGAGAGUCUGAAUAUACUUAGGAAGAUAGAACAUAACCGGAAAUGGUGAUUUUUACCUUGUGAAGACCUUUGAUUUCUUCAGGAUACGAUCAGUCAGGAAUAAACAUACAUCUUUGGAGGUGAGAAUCUGGAGCUUAGGCCACUUUGAACAUUUUUGCAAAAUUAAAAAGUAAAAAUCCAUUCAUUGGAAUAACAUCCUCUUCAGUUGUAUUCUGUGAUGAAUGUAAUACGAAUAAUGGACGAAUUUGUGUUCUUACUGCUGUCGUUACCACACUCGAAUUGAAUUACCUAUCUUUGUUCUUCAGAACUUACACGGAAGACUGUCUUUUCUGCUAUCCUAAUGAAACAAACCCAUCUGCUAAUCAUGGAAGCUUCCUGUGAUUGGAAUGUUUUCCUUCAUUGUGUUCCCGGGAGUUUGUUUGCAUUUUUUUUUUUAAUCCUAUGAUUUCAUUUCCACCAGAAGAGUCUUCUUUGGAGCAUGCUGGAGCCAUGCUGCCAAAUAAAUGGGCACCUCUCUACUGGUGUGAGCACCUUGCUUUUUUGAUCAUGUAACUCUCAAGUUUAAUGUCACUGUCUGGGUACUUACACUUGUUUAGCAUAAUAAGCCUCCCUGAAGACUCUCAUAUCUUGUGGCACUUUGUGGCGUAUAUUGAAAUGUUUCUACCUAAUUUUUCACAUUUAUUUAAAUAAAAGUUGGUGGGAGGUAGUAACAAGGAAGCUUCGCUGUCCACUUAACUGUCCAAGAAUUAGUUUUUGAAUCAAAACUACUCUUAAUUUUAAGAGUAAAUAUUCCAAGCACUGUUUCCUUUUCUCUUUAUAAUUGUGAAGUAAAGAACAUAAAUUUUAAAUGAAAAGGUUGAGACCAAAUAAAAUUAUUGAGGGAAAUUGCAUUUGCUUUUAUAUUUUGAUUAUAUUAUUCAGAAAUGUCUGUCUUGUACAAAGUGAGUUGUUGACAAAACAAUAAUUCUUGACUCACAAAUGAGCUUGAAUGCACUGCCAAUACAUAGAAUAAAAAACUGACUAUAGGAUUGUAAACAGUUAUAAUUAUGGGCUGGGGGUAGCAGAGCAGGAAGGAGAUGAUCUUCUAAAACUUGGCUUUGCUCUUGGGAAAACUACCGUGUAUUUCUGUGAGCAGGAAACGCAAUCAGGAGCAGAAGCAGUUUACAUAUGUCACUGACAUGUUUCACAAUCUGGACAAAUUACCAAAACUGGCUAUUUCGGAUGACUUGUAAAAAUAGUGGACAUAAAUAAAGGUAAAUCACAGUGAAA